AUGGAGCCUCGCGCGCGCGCCGGCAAGAAUGUCGGGCGCAUGAACUUUUCGUCCAACGAGCUUGGCCAGCUUCUCUUCGCGCACGGCGACGUGCGCAACCCGCUACCCGAGACGAUCCGCGUCCUCGACGAGAUCCUCACCGAGUUCAUCCAGGGCACGGCGUUCGAGGCGGCGCGCAACGCCAGCUACGCGGGGCGGCAAAAGGUCAAGUGGGAGGACUUUGAGUUUGCGUUUCGCAAGAACCCGGCCUUCCUGGGCAAGGUGCAGGAGGUGUUCCAGAAGAAGGGCGAGAUUGACAACGCCAAGAAGAUCUUUUCCAAGGAGGACGAGACGUCGUUCAUCAAGGAUACGGCGGGCGAGGAGAGCAAGCGGGACAAGGGCGCAGCGGGCACCGGCGCCGGCGGAGGGCCGCGGCUGCCGCAGGACGAGGAGGAGCUCGGCGAGGCGGACGAUGUCGACGACGCCGUGUCGGAGGCGCCGUCGAGAAAGUCGCGCAAGGCUUAG